AUGAAAAAACUCUUGGAAAAAAAUCAAUUUGGAGCUCCACAAAAUCAUAUCAAUGGUCGUCUUCAAGAUCCACCUCAACUUCGUGGACCAACUAUUGAAAUUCUUGGCACUGGAGAAGAAGAAGCCGCUGAAGAUCAACAACAAAAUGAAGAUAAUGAUAAAUAUCAAACAAAUGAACUUGAAAUGAUUAUCAAUGAAAAACUAUGGAAAGAUGAACAAAUUAAACAUCGACGACGAGCAAAACGUACAUAA